GUGGGCGACGACGUCCACGGUUGGCGCCAUGGUCUAUGAACGCGGACAUUACACAUGGCGCGCGCCGUAAGUAGGAAUGCAGCCAUUCUCGUACUUUCUAGCAUGACGCCGACGCAGUCACCGACACCGGCGCUCGAGACGCCGUCGUCGCCCUUUGCUACCGCGCGGACGUGGGCGUGGGCACACAAGAAGCUGCUCAGUGCGAUCGGUGUUGCCGCCGUCGUCGGUACCGUCCUCGCCGUCGUCACGAUCGGCCCCGAGUUUGGCGCAGCGGCCCGUGUCUCGACCGGUGCGAACGGCGCUGGCAUUUGCUACGACUCGACGGAAAACGCCGCCGACGUCGAGCGUCAUUUCGGCAUCAUCAAGCAGCGCUACUCGUCCGUGCGCACGUACAAAGUGACGUUCGGUGGCAAGAACAUGAUUGACGUCGCCGCCGACGCCGGUCUCUCGAUCGCGGUCGGUGUCUGGAUCGAAGGCGGCAACUGGGACUCGGAGCUUCAAGCUGCGAUUGACGGCACGAAGCGCCAUCCCGGCAGCGUCAAGGCCAUCUACAUUGGCAACGAAGAGCUCCACAAGGGCUGGGGUGCCGGCGCCGUCAUCGACGCCAUCAACAAGGGCAAGUCUGCGAUCCGGGCCGCGGGCAUCAACGUGCCUGUCGGUACCGUCCAGAUCGACGGUGACUUCUUGAACAACCCGCAGGUCGCCGACGCCUGCGACUCGAUCGGUGUCAAUCUGUAUCCGUUCUUCAGCGGCGCGGCGUCGAUCAACGACCCGAUGGGCGAUCUCAACGCGCGCUGGAACGCGAUCACCAACAAGUGGGGCGGGAAGGCGCGCAUCACCGAGUCGGGCUGGCCCUCGGCCGGCGGUGCGUUCAACGGCCACCAGUGCACUUACGACAACGCCAAGAAAUACCACGACUCGUUCAACGACUGGGCGUCCUCGAACGGCGGCGACACAACCUACUACUUUAUGUUCAAGGACGUGCCCAACAAGGGUGGCUUUGAGCAGUCCUUUGGCGUCGCCGACACGCAAGGCAAGUGGAAGUUUGGCGGUGGCCCACCGGCACCGCCGACACCCGCCCCGACACCGGCACCGACGCCGGCCCCGACACCCGCGCCGACACCCGCGCCGACGCCUGAGCCAACGACGACGGCACCACCGACACCGGCACCCACUACCGAGACACCGGCCCCGACGGCGGUGGCCAACACGACGCAGCCAAGCGCGACGCCCAACGUGACGACCGACAACGUUAAUGCAACGGGUUCGUACGCCGGGGCCAUCGAUCUCAUUGCGUCGCCCGUGCAGACGCUGCCCGACGUCGAUGCGACGCCGGCGCCGACGGCCAAAGUCAAUCAAAUCGGUGGCAAAGACACGAACGGCGAGACCAACACCGCGUCGACGGGCGACGCCUCGAGCUCGGCCGGCGGCACGGUGCUCUCAGUCAUGCUCGUAUGCUCGAUCGCCGUCGGUGUGAGUGCGGUCGCGUUCCUCGUCGUGCGCAACCGCAAGCGCAACCAGGCCCUCGAAGACCAAAAGGACUUUUACACAACCGGCCACCGCGACCACAGCCUUGCGAUGCUCAGCGGUCGCGAGAGCGCCGUUCUCUUGUAACCCGUCUGGUGUUGUGCUAAUAACACUUUUUCGUUGUGUUGAAGUCGUUGUACCACAAAAUGAGUCGGCGCUUGUGCACCUAGGCGAGCGACUGCAGGUGCG